GACGGAUCGGGCUGGUGAAGGCUGAAGCCGAGAGGAACGACUGGCAGGAGUUACACACGCCGCGGAGGGCGAAGCCACUAGAACUGACCCUUCCCGCGAUCCGUCGUGAGGCGGAGCAAACGAGGAAAGCUGGGCGAGUUGUGGCGGACUAUGGAACCGGACGGGACCUACGAGCCGGGCUUUGUGGGUAUUCGCUUCUGCCAGGAAUGUAACAACAUGCUUUACCCCAAGGAGGACAAGGAGAACCGCAUUCUGCUCUACGCGUGCCGGAAUUGUGAUUACCAGCAGGAAGCCGACAACAGCUGCAUCUAUGUCAACAAAAUCACGCACGAAGUAGACGAACUAACCCAGAUCAUCGCUGACGUGUCCCAAGACCCCACGUUGCCGAGGACCGAGGACCACCCGUGCCAAAAGUGCGGCCACAAGGAGGCAGUAUUCUUCCAGUCGCACAGUGCCCGUGCAGAGGAUGCCAUGCGCUUGUACUACGUGUGCACGGCCCCUCAUUGCGGCCACCGCUGGACCGAGUGAACCACCCUACCCCAAGUGUAAUAAAUGCUCUGUUUUGUGUGUG